AUGAGUGCAGAGGCUGGGAAGAAGCGUGGUCAUGCUUCCACUUCUGGAUCUGCUUCUGGAGACAGGAAGUCCAAGAGGAAGCCCAAGAGAAAGGAAACCUAUUCAGUCUAUAUCUACAAAGUACUGAAGCAAGUGCACCCUGACACCGGUAUCUCCUCCAAGGCCAUGAGCAUCAUGAACUCCUUUGUCAAUGACAUCUUUGAGCGGCUGGCUUCAGAGGCCUCACGCCUGGCCCAGUACAACCACCGCUCCACCAUCACCAGCCGUGAGGUGCAGACGGCUGUGCGGCUCCUGCUGCCUGGCGAGCUGGCCAAGCACGCUGUCUCUGAGGGCACCAAGGCCGUCACCAAGUACACCAGCAGCAAGUGA